AUGCGUCUUCUCAACACCACAACGUUCGAGCUGGUCUCCAACAGCCCCUCCGUAUUCAGUCAAGAAGGCUACGCAAUCCUCUCGCAUCGAUGGUUGGGCUCGGAAAUCACAUUUGAGCAGCUCGGGCGACAUGUCAACGCGCUCCAGGCAGCAGGUACCACACCCUUGGAAUCACCUCAGCAGGACAAGAUCCGUGGCGCAUGCCAAACCGCCAGGGCCAAAGGGAUCAAGUGGAUGUGGAUCGACACGUGCUGCAUUGACAAGUCGAGCGCUGCUGAGCUGUCUGAGUCGCUGAACUCUAUGUUUCGGUGGUACCGCGAUGCCAAGUUGUGCAUUACCUAUCUGUCAGAUGUCAUCAGAAAGGGAGCCGGCGCGGAGGACUUUAUCAACGAAGCAGGUCAUCCCUCCGUAUGGUUCUCCCGUGGCUGGACACUGCAGGAGCUCCUCGCCCCGCGCCACCUCGAGUUCUUCGACAAGAAUUGGGACCCAAUGGGCGACAGGGCCGAGUUGGCGGAGCACAUCGAGAAGAUCACCCGCAUCCAGAGUAUAUACCUCAAAGAUGGGACGAAAGAGGACUUCAGAAGUGCAUGCACUGCCACCAAGUUCAGCUGGAUCGCAAACCGCCAGACGGAACGCGAGGAGGACAUGGCGUACAGCAUGUUGGGUCUCUUCGGCGUCACGAUGGACCCGCGGUAUGGAGAGGGCUGGGGUGCGUUCAGACGGCUGCAGCAGGAGCUACUGUCAAGCUCAUCGGACGAGUCACUGUUUGCGUGGAAGAUGGUGCAAGCAGACGCCGGGCUGCAGCUCCUCUCUGGGGCCAGUACACAGCAGCAGGAAGACUUGGGGGAGAACGAAUGGGGUCUUCUAGCGGCGCGCCCGGAGUGGUUCAAGGAUUGUGAUCAGAUGACGAUCAAAUGUCCGAGGAGUAGAAAACAGUACAUCGAGAGGCACGAGGGGGGUUUCUUCAUGCAACCGAAGGGGGUGAAGAUCAGCGUCGGGGCCAAUUUGGGGCUACGUCACGAAACUGGACGUGCUAGCAUGGCCGCGUUUAUCAUUCUCUUUUAUGCGACUUUUGGGAUGCUCCUUUGUAUGCAUUUAGCAUAUGACUCUGCUUCGUUCAAGAGCGACUUCCGGUAUACCCUCAACUGCUGGGACCGGGAUGAAGCCGGGGGUGUGGAGACGGCCGAGUCGCACGGCAUUUUCGGCCAUAGUAUUACAGCCAUGGCCGUUGGCACCAUAGCGCUGGAGCCGCGCAUGCUUGAGCAGGGAAAAUCGAACUCAUUUGUCUAUCCUAACUACAGCGAACUGCUCCUCGAAAGACUCACGCAAAAACAGUAG